UGCUUCGUUGAAUCUCGGCUAAGUAGUGGGAUCAUGUAAACAGCCCCUUAUUGCUAUAAACUCAGCUUAAAUUUUGGUUACAAGCUGUCGUUCCACCAUGAAUGAGAUUAUCCAGUUCAAUGACUUUAAAUUGUUUUGAAUGAUUGAUUUGCAUAAUCGGUCAAAGUGUCUUUAUCACAACCGACUUUGAUACAAAUAGUUACUUUUUACCGUAGAGAAACCGUGAACAAACUUCUUGUAUAUAGAUACUUUUGAAUAUUAUGAAUUUCCUUGUGAAGUUGGCGAUAUUCGUUGGGUUUUAUGCGGUGUUUCAUGCGUUUAUUUUACGUCGUUUUAUUGCUGGUUGCGUGUGCCGGAGCCGAGCGACUCUCGAGGGAAAGACUGUUAUUAUCACUGGCUCUAACACAGGGAUUGGCAAAGAAACAGCAUUAGAUCUCGCACAGAGAAACGCUCGAGUCAUCAUGGCCUGCCGCGAUUUAACAAAAGCUGAAGCAGCUCUUAAAGAAAUCGUCGAGAAAACUGGAAAUAAAAACAUUGUAGCGAAACAUUUAAAUCUUGCAUCGUUGAAAUCGGUUCGAGAAUUUGCCGAAGACAUUAACAGCAAUGAACCUCGACUUGAUGUGUUGAUGAACAAUGCGGGAGUCAUGUUUGUUCAGACUUUGAGCAAAACAGAGGAUGGUUUUGAGAUGCAAAUGGGUGUAAAUCAUUUAGGACAUUUCUUGUUGACAAACCUGUUGCUAGAUUUGUUAAAAAGAUCUGCUCCUUCGAGAAUCAUCAAUGUCUCAUCGAUGUUCCAUAGAUUUGUCGGGGCAUCUGGCUUUGAUUUUGAUAAUAUGAAUGGCGAGGUCUCUUAUAGCCCUUAUGGGGCGUAUGGACAGAGUAAAUUAGCGAAUAUAUUGUUCACAAGAGAGCUUGCAAGACGUUUGAAUAACACACAAGUCACAGCAAAUUCGCUUCAUCCUGGAGCUGUUGCAACCGAAUUAACUCGCUAUCUUCCGAAUUGGAUGCAAAUGUUUUUGAAUCCAAUUUACGGCUAUUUUACGAAGAAUCCUAGAGAAGGGGCUCAGACCAGUAUACACUUGGCGGUUUCUGAAGAGCUGGAUGAUGUGACUGGUCAGUAUUUCGCAGACUGUGAUCAGCGGAUGCCCGCUGAAGCGGCACAGGACGACCAAGCCGCUGGGAAAUUGUGGGACGUCAGUGCUAAACUUGUUGGGCUGGACACGAGUGAUUGAAUUUGGGUGAUUUACCAUCUCAAGGCCCGUUUACACUUGCGAUUUCGGCUGCAUUUUCUUCUUUUGAUAGAUGUGAACGAGUGAAUUAGUUACGUAAGUUCAAAUAAUAGCUCUUAUACCUCAGAGCGUUCCUAACUACUCUCACUCGUUUACAUCUACCAAAAGAAGAAAAUUGCACAGAAAAUCGUAUCUAAAAUGUACAAGUGCAAAGGAGCCUUU